GAAUACGUCCUCCAUGUGAGUCGACUAUUGAAUGGAUGAACUUACAGAUGCAGAACAUUUACGAAUUGAACAAAACCGAAAACGUGCCUUAGAACUUAGACUUUCACAAGUUGUGGCAAAUGAUCGUCAUGAUGUUUAUGCAUCAGUCCCACAAUCAAAACUGAAUACAAAAUACUUAAGUGAUGGAGGUUUUAUUUUUGAAGAGGAAACUUCUAAUCAUAAUUAUCCUUAUACAGAAAAAGAUGAAGAAUUUUCAGAUCCAGAAUUAAAUGCAACUGUUAAACCUAAAAAACGCAAACAAAAGUGUAUAAAACAAUCAAACGCUGAGUCGAAUCUCCUCAUAGCUGAAUCCAAUGUACCUAUUCCCCCUGAUCAAGAAAAACCAACUUGUGAUUUAUGCCAUAAACUGUUUGAAGAAUCAUUUUUACGCAAAACAUUUGAAGUAGAUGUUUGUGAUAAAUGUCGAGAUCCUAAAAAUAUUCAUGCUUUAAUUACUAAAAGUUCAGCAAAAGAACGUUAUUUACUAAAUGAUGUUGAUUUAGACAUACGUGAACCGAAAUUGAACUAUUUGUUGAAACGUAAUCCACACAAUUCAAGUUGGGGUGAUAUGAGGCUGUAUUUGGAAGCACAAAUUGCUGAACGUGCUCUAGAAAUCUGGGGUAGUGAAGAUGCAUUAGAAAAAGAACGUGAAAAGCGCCUUAAGCGCAAUGAAGAAUCGAAACUUAAAAGUUAUAGUAAAAAGGUUAAAGAACUGAAGCUUCAGACACGCAGUAGCUUAUAUACGAGAGUGCAUAAAUCUCAUGAACAUGUGUUCGGACCGGAGAAAUAUGAUUCUAAGUCAGAUAUUUACUAUAAAUGCUGUAUUGAAUGUGAUUACAAAUCAACUUAUGAAAAAUUGUAAUUAUUGCACUGUUACUAACCCAUCGCAUUUAUUUUAUAAAAGGUGUCAAAACAAUAAGUAUCUUUUUUGAAAUGCUUUAAUUAAUGUUGAUGUGAAUAAAAUAAUAAUACUUAAA